AUGACGACUGAAGAAAAUCAGGCAACUAAUAACCAGAGCAAUACUAACAAAACCACUGGCGAAGCUGCUCUAUCUAGCCUAACCAAACCAUUACUAUAUAGUUUAUAUGACGAAGACAUUACCAAAAGUGAAGAUAACGAAAUUUACGAAACCACCCAAGAUGCAUUGUUAUCCUCGUCUCCACUAGGCACUUCUAACUCUUUAACAUCAACCUUAUUAAGAAACAACAAAUAUAAUAAUAAAAGUCCCACUGAUCACGUCGAGAUGGAAGUAAAUCAUAGCAGUGCUGGUUCCACAACUAGGAAAGAUGCCUUUAACUCUUCAACUAAUUCUCCUGCUACCACUCCAACUAUUUUUGAAAAUACUAACUCUCCCAAUAUUCGCAGAGCCAGUAAUAGUGGUGGUAGUAAUACUAGUAAGAAUAAUAGUAGUAACAAUAUUAAUAACACACAUGGUAAUAGAACUAAUAUCAAGAAUAACAACUUUAUGUUCUUUGUUAAACAAAUUUUUAAAAAUUUAAUUGAUUUAGUUGUUUUGGGUAUUGCAGGUAUUUUAUAUUGCCAGUUAAGCAACCACUUGUAUGAUAAUCAAAAUAUUCUACAUUUUAAUGUAAUUACCAAACCAUUGUUAAAAGUUACAGGAUUAUUAUCUUCAGAAAAUACUGUUGACACUAGAGUAUAUUUAAUAUAUGCUUUGGAAGGUAUAUUAAUGGGUAUUCUAUUACCCACAAUUGAUUUAAUUAGGGACAAUGUAACAACGGAUAGAUUCUAUUAUGCUGAUAGAAUAAGUUUUAUGAGCUUAAUCAAGAGUUGGAAUGCAAUUAUGGGUGUGGCUUAUGGUAUUAGAAAGAUUGAAUGGAAUAGCAGCUUACAAGCUUCUUCUAUAUGGUGUUGUUUGAAUAUCAUAUUAUGGUUGUUUUUUGAUGGCUCAAAAACUAUGUUUUUCACUUGUGUUUGCAUAGGUGUUGCUGCAGCCAAUUUGAGUGUACCAAUUUUAAAUACUGUUGAUAGCAUUAAUGAGCAAAAAGCAUCUCUAUUUUUAUAUUUUGUUGAUAUCUAUUUCAUCGGAAUGUUAUGCUUUGGUAGAUUAGGAAGAUACUUGAAACAGAACCAACAAUGA